ACUGACCGUCCCAUGAUGCUUCCCCAUGGCCCGAGGCGCCCCACCAUCAUGGGUAACUACGGGCCAUACUCGCGAGCAGAGGCGGAAAUGUUAUGGCCGUACACCCACUCCCACCCCCGCACCGACAUGAUGUCCAUAGUCCCGGGUAAUCCUCUGGCCAUCAGCACGACGAUAGACUCUAGCAAGCGCAUGAAGCUCUCCCAGCAGAUGAAGCCCCUCGUUGUUGACACGUCGGAGAACAAUCACAGCAGCCGGGAGUCCACCUACACCCCACAAGUAGAAGCUAUCUCCCCUACGCUGCCGUCCGAUCCCAGAGAUGAGUCACCGCUGCGCACCACCAAAGAUGAUCUCCUUAAACGCAUAGAGAAAGUAGACAGAGAUAUUGCUAAGGCGGAAUCAAGCAUAGCCAAGUUACGCAAGAAAGAGGGAGAGCUUGAAGCAGCAGCCCAGAAGGGUGAAGGGGGCAAGACGGAGGAGGAGGACACCAAGGAGCCCAAACACCAGAGUCUAGCGCAGAUUAUAUAUGCCGAUAACAGAAAAAAGGCAGAGGAAUCCCAUACCAUCUUGGACAAACUCAUGCCUCCUACAGAAGAGCCAAGUGUUUUGCCAUUGUACCACCAACCCACGGACACUGAGGUCUACAUGGAGAACAAAAGACAGUAUGCUGGGUUCAAACGCCGGCUCAUGGAGUACUUCAAGAAGCGUCAUGCUGAAAAGAACAGCCGGGAUGCCCAUCUCACCCAGACGUACUCGAAACUCAUGACCGAAUGGCUCAAGAAAGUGGAAAAGGUGAGUUCAAGGCAUGGGCUUCGAAGGGAUGCGGGCUUAAUGGCUCCAAAACUAAUCGCUUUCUCCCACACCCCACAGAAUGAAGACAAGAAGAUGCGAGCUUAUGCUGUAAUUCCCCCCAUCCUUUUAGAGGAGAAGAAGCGCCAGCAUCGCUACAACAACCGCAAUGGACUUAUAGAGGAACCCAUAGCAGAGUAUAAAGAUCACAAAAACAUAAAUAUCUGGACCGAGCAAGAGAAAGAAAUAUUUCGGGACAAAUAUUUACAACACCCUAAGAACUUUGUUGCAAUAGGUAGUUAUUUAGAAAGAAAGUCAGUGAGUGAUUGUAUUCAAUACUACUAUAGUACCAAAAAGAAAGAAAAUUACAAGGUGUUAGUGAAACGCCGAAUAAGACGGCCAAGGAAACCAAACAAUCCUCCAGUGGUGGAAGUGGUUGGGGUGAAUGUGACGGGUGUGACCACCAGGGGCUCGGUGGCGGCGUUGCGCGGUCAGCAGACCAACCGGCAGGGCCCGCCCACCAUGACAGGGAGCCUGAACAACAACAGCAACAGCAAUCAGGGAAGCUCGGGUGAAUCUGAGCAGCCGCAGAACUACCCCGUGAACAGCACGCCUGGAGGGGAGGUGUCGGCCAACUCCCUGCCAGCCACCACGGAGAACAGCCCUGUGCCGUCGCCGAACCACGCGGCAGCGGUGGGGGUGAGUCAGGGCAAUGAGUCGUCGAACAACAGCGGCACCAACACAGCGCCAGCGAUAUCCAAUCAAGAAGUCAGAGAAAAAGACAAGGAAAAUCUCUCUAAUAGUGAUAAGCCUAGAGAGAAGACCGCAAGAAGAGAACGCCUGCUUAAAGAGGAUGACAAGACCAAAGAUACCCAGGACUCGAGUGAUGACGACAAUGCGGCCGAGCACGGCAAAGGAGGUCCUCACGAGUGCGUGGUGUGCAACGCCCAGCUGGAGCACUUCGGCCAGUCCCGGCCGGUGGCGGCGGGCCAGGCCUCCCGCUACGGCCUGUCGGAGGCGCACCUGCCGCCCAACCCCCGAGUGUGUACCUCGUGCAAGUGCCGCGCCACCAGGGUCAGGGUCAGGCAGUGUCCCAUCCCGACGUGCCCGACGCCCAAGUGGAGAGGCAAGCGCCUGCGGCCGCUCCCGUCGCGCUGGGCCGACCUCCCGCCCCAAAUCAAAGAGCCCAUCAUUAAAGAGUUCCAGAUCCCGAGCGACUGCACCAAGUGCUGCUCCGCGUGCCACAACCGCAUCACGCGCAAGCUGGGUCCGGACGCCGAGGAGCCCGUGGACCCGAGCCGCUGGUCCGACGAGGAUUUGGACGCCCUCCGGUCGGCGCUGCGAGAGGUCGGUUGCCACUGGUCCAAGGUUGCCGAGCGGGUCCCCAGCAAGACCGAAGGGCAGUGCAAGAGCUUCUACUUCAAUUUCAAAAAGAAGUACAAGUUCGACGAGAUCGUGGCGGAGUACCGUAAAGCGCGAGGCAAGGGAGACGGACCCCCAACGGUGACGGACGAGGAGGAGAGCGGGUCGUCCACGUCCAGUUGCGACGAGGGCCCCCUGCCGGCCCUUCCCGCGGGCCCCGACUCGGACACCACCUCGGCGCCCUCGCCCGGCCCCGCGCACCAAAACAAUAUCGAUGAGAAGCGCGAGCCGGCGGGGCCCGGCGAAGGCCUGAUGAAGGAGCCGCCGCCGCCCGUGGCGCCGCAGCCCCCCAGCGUGCGCGAGGACUACGACUCGUCGGCCACGGCCAGCGCCGACGAGGGCCAGAGCGGCGCCGGCCGGGACUCGCCUGAGGUGCAGCACAUCCCCCACCCGGGCGAGCGCAAGCCGCAGCACCCGCCCGCCCACGCCAAGCUCUCGGCCACGCCGCCCACCAAUAUAGUUCAAAACCCGGAUCCCAGCAACGUGCGGGACCUCAUCUACAUCGCCAUAGAGAAGUCCCUGGAGGACCCCUGCUCCUCGAACAUCAACUCCAAGGACCCCCCCACCAUCGAGUCCAUCCUGAAGGCGUCGAACUUCGGGCGCGGGCAGCCGCCGCAGCCUCACGCGGCCCCCGCCCGCCGCGACUUCCACCGAGAGCAGCGCCUGCACACGCCCGGCAGGUACAACGACCCCCGCGACGGCCUGCCGCCCAGCGACGCCAGCGCCUUCGACACACAGGACACGCAGUGCGAGGGACUCGAUCUCAGCGUCCGCAAGCGGGACAGGUCGCCGCCCCCGAAGCAGCCGCCCGCGCACCACGCCCACCCGACCCACUUCCACCACCCGCCGCAGCCGCACCAGCCCCACCAGUCCCACCAGUCCCACCAGCCGCCGCCGCCGCCGCCAGCCGCGCCGCUGACGCGCGACCUGCCGCUGACGGUGCGGGGCGGCGCGGAGCUGACCAUCACCAGCAAGGAGCCGCCCCCGCAGGCGCACUCCAACUCCACCUACGCCAAGCCGCCGAGCCACGAGCCGUGGCCCUACGCCGACCCCCGCAACAAGUCGCCGUCGGCCUUCAUCUCGGACGCGCGCGCGCUGCCGCACCCGGCGUCCUCCAUCAUGACCAACGUGGCGCCCAGCGGAGCGCAGCCCCUGGUGUACGUGCGCCCGCAGCACACGCAGUCCUCCAAGAGCAAGCCCAGCAUGGCGCCGCCGCCGCCGCUGACCGUGCGCAGCCAGCACGCGGCGCAGCAGCCGGUCAGCGUGGCCUCGCGCAUCUCCGUCAAGGCCGAGAAGCCGCUGCACGUGGGCUCCAUCACGCACGGCACGCCCGUCAACCCGCCGCCCAUCGUGUCGGUGCCCAUCACGCAGCCGGCGCGCUUCGACAUGAUGCCCAAGAGCGGCAUGGGCAAGGAGGGCGGCUCCAUCACGCAGGGCACGCCCAUGCACCACGAGCAGAAGCGGAUCUCGGGCAACCUGUACAAGGACGUGGUGGGCGUCGUGUACGAGCCGCGGCCCGGGAGCGGCGUCGAGAUCAUCCCGCGGCCGUCGCUGAACCCGCAGUACGAGCGCGAGCACUCGUACCGCGGGCCGCGGCCGCCCAUCUCCUCGGCGCCGCCCACCACCACCUACCCGUACACCAACUACCCGUACGCAGCCCGGCCGCCGUAUUCCGAGUCUCAGAUCAGCUCCCGCCAGAUCAUCGCCAACGACUACAUCACCUCCCAGCAGAUGCACGGGCGGCGCGCCGUGUCCGAGAAGGAGGCGCGGGUGUCCCCCCGCGGGAGGGACCACAGCCCCCAGAGCGACCCCCGAGACCACCGCUCGCUGCCAGGGACCACCUCCGUCAGCAGGAUCAUGGAGGCGCGGCAAGUGGACCCGCGCACCAUCGACAUCCGGACGGUGGACCACCGGCCCCCGGAGCUGCGAGGGAUGGACCACCGGAUGGCCCACGGCAUGGACCCCAGAAUCUACUACCCCGGAGGGCCCCCGCACGGCUCGUACCAGCCGCCCACGCAACCCUCGGCGCCGGUUUAUCACCCUGUCGAUCGGGUGUCCAGACCUCCGCCUUCCCCAGCCUCCGCUCGUGACGCCACGCCCACGCCGCCCACGAGUGACCCUGCGCCCUCGCCUCACGACUUCAGGUCUCCAGGUGUGUCCACGCCCACGCCGCCCCCCAGGGUGGGCGUGAUUCAGCGUCGGCCCACCAGCAAACCUCCCCCCCACGCUGUACCGCCCAAAAGUAUCUCGCCGCAGCUGGAGCCCAACCGCUACUCCCCGCGCCACCCGUCGGGCUCGGACAACUUCCACGCCUUCGUCGACAUCGCCGUGGCGCAGCGCAGCAACGUGGGCUACGCCAUGCCCGAGAUGAGACGCGAGGCGCGGCCGCCGUCCCACCACGAGAACCGGCAGCUGGAGGGCUUCGAGAAGCACUUCACGGACUCGGUGAGGAACGUGCGCACCAUAGACCGGGACAAGGGGGAGAGGGGCUACUACGAGGCCGUGGACCGACACAGGAUAGCCAAGAACCCCGACGGCAAGGCCAACCUGGAGGCGGAGGUGGCCCGCGACAUGGCCGCCUGCUUCAGGAAGGAUGACCCCAAGAACGCGCAGGCGCAGAAGCACCGGAACCCCGACGAGACGAUGACCGCCGCCAACCUGAUUGACCGAAUCAUAACGCAGCAAAUUAAUCAUAAUAGUGGGGAUUGUGGCACGGGUGGCGGUGGCGGAGGUGGUGGGGGAGGCUGCAGCGGAGGCAGCAGUUGUGGAAGUAGUGGUGCUGGUGGAGAGAGGGGAGGCAGUGCCGGUGGAGCAGGAGGAGACCAAAGGACGUACAGACGAGAUGGUGAAGUGGCAUUGCAAGUGGUCGAGUUAGACAAGCGAGUUCGAUCUCCUGCCGCACCCAUGAACAAGGAGAAGGAGGUGGUGAUGGUCGAGGACGGCCCCGAGCCUCGGCCUCCCAACCCCGUGAACCACAAGGAGGGCCUCGGCGCCAGCCUCCACGCCGCGUCCCACCACCCGGGCUCGCAGCCCAAGUCAAUGCAGGCGCACCUCGACCAGGUGAUCCACCGAGAACUGUCCAGUGGGGACGGGCGCAAGAUGGGAGCCCCGCACAUGCCAUACGGCCGGUCCUUCGAGAUCUUGCGAACCGAAGGCCGGCCUCUAGUCGGGUCUGGCGGCCCUCCUGCCGUCACGGUGUCUCAGGUGGGCUACGACCCUUGGAAGAUGCGCGGCCACGACAAGGACAGUGGCAAGGAGCGGCUGGAAUCUCGCUCCCCGCACCGCCCACCGCCCACCACGGCGCCACCCAGCUCCCACCACCUCUCUGCUCAACAUUUAGCGCCGGAUGAACGACAAAUUAUCCGGAUUGCGCAGCCGGUGUCCCCCAGACCGGACCACAAAAUGCGAACACCACCCGCUGCUCCAGCAGGAAGUUUCCCGGUGGAGCCCAUCUCGCCUCCCACGUCGUCUGCCCAGCCCCCUGCAGACCUCAACCACACGGAUCCAAACCCUCCUUGGCAACGCAAAAGACCCUACCCCCCACCACCCCAGUCCAAGGAGGUAUUCGAGUAUGUGCGGUGUAAAAUUGCUGAAGUGAUGAGAACACCAGAAACCCAAGAAUCGGAUAAGCAGCGUGUGCAUGACGACCGGCGGCCGCGGUCCGGCACUCCCGUGUCGCAACACCAGCAGCAGCCUCCCCCUCCGCCUCCGCAGCAGUCAGCCCCUCAGCAGAAUGCUCACUACGACAUGGAGGACGCUGCCAAGAAGAGAGCAAGACUAGAAGCUGCUGAGCGGCCCCCCUCGCGCCCGCGGUCCACGGGGGGAGACAUGGUACGAGACCGGCGCGAGGAGGCUGUUGCCGCUGCUGCCGCCGCGCGCGAAGAGGUGGCCAAUUCCCCCCAGUCAGACGAGAUGGUGAUCGACGAGUCGCCGCGGGACGCCCACCCGCCCUCGAAAUCCGGCGCUGACAUGGGCGGGAACAAGCCAGGGGGCCCCAAGGGCGGCGACUGUGGUGGGGAUCGCCCCAGUUACCCGCCCGCCAAUACAGUGUCGGGAAGCCAGUAUCCGUACACGUACACUGGGUUCCGAGGGCACGGAGGGCCGCCGGGGGCACCUCCUCCCGCUACCACGGCCUCCACCACCAGUAGUAACGCCAACAGCGGCCGCCACGCCCAAGGCUAUGAACCUAGUGUUGAACCUGUGAGCGAUGACGAGUGACGAUAAUGAUCCCUGGACUGGUCGACUGCCGUGAUAAGUGUUAUCUGUGAUCUGUUUUGUGGACUAGUGUUGUCAAGCCGCACUCUGGUGUACAAAGCUACCCCAACUGUAUGUGUAUAUACGAGUAAGUAGGUGGUUUGUGUUAAUACUCAGGCUCUGGGUGUGAGGCUGCCUCAUUGAUUACAGGCCCGUGUGUCUACCGUCAUUCUGCUGCCCCGCCACCGUCCGUCUCCCCCUCCCCUCCCUCCCCGCGCGUCUCCCCUUUUUCACUAGUGAUCUCUUCCCCACUCCCGCAGCCCUCGAGUAUUUAUCAGUCUUGACACUUCUCGUCGCCACCCCCAGUGUUGACCCCCACUGGAUCAUGACGCCCCAGAACCUGAUUGCCCUUCCCCCUGCCCCGGGCCCCGCCCACCCGCCCCUCCUCCGUGGAUAGUGGUGACGGCAGAGGCCACACAGACCAUGGUAGAGAACAAAGCUGUCCUCGCUGGGCAGAAUCGGCGCCCACCCGCUGCUAAAAAUUCAGACAAGUUCAUUCCAAAGCCCCCGCAGACCGGCCUGGCUGGCGUGGGGUAGUCCGAUGUGUACAGACCUUCCACUUGUUGAGGGCGGCGCGGGGGGGACACUCACGCGGCCUCCCGCCCCCCGCCGCCCUACUCUCACAUCAUACAUGUCAGAAAUGUUAUUUUUGUUGAAAUAAAGAUGCUCAAAACU